GUUCAACUCUCAUUCGCCACACACACUCCGUGGUGAUCAGUCAUUUAGCAUAGUUUUAUUUAUUAAUCAUGAAGUUUCUGAUCGCUUUGGCCGGUCUCCUGGCUGCGGCGCAUGCUGUUGCCCCAUCAACCAGCAAGGUCGUCUGCUACUAUGACAGCAAGAGCUAUGUCAGAGAAUUUGAGGGAUGCAUUUAUCCAGCUCAAGCGCGCAUGCUGCCUUUGGACUUGGACCCUGCGUUAUCCUUCUGCACCCACCUGGUGUACGGAUAUGCUGGCGUCCAGCCCGACACCUACAAGAUGGUGCCUCUCAACGUGAACCUCGAUGUGGACAGCUCCCACGCCAACUACCGCGCCAUCACCAACUUCAAGACCAAGUACCCUGGCUUGAAGGUCCUCCUGUCCGUCGGUGGGGACGUUGAUACCGAAGAGGCACAGAAGUACAACCUUUUGUUGGAGUCACCACAAGCCCGUACUGCGUUUGUGAACUCUGGAGUCCUACUGGCUGAACAGCACGGUUUUGACGGCAUUGACCUCGCUUGGCAGUUCGCCAAAUACAAACCCAAGAAGAUCCGCUCCACCUGGGGAUCCAUCUGGCACGGUAUCAAGAAGACCUUCGCAACGACCCCCGUCGAUGAUAAGGAGGCUGAACACCGCGAAGGUUUCACCGCUCUGGUCCGUGAAAUGAAACUCGCCUUGGCCGUCAAGCCCAACAUGCAGCUUGCCAUCACCGUCCUUCCCAACGUCAACUCAAGCAUCUACUACGACGUUCCCGCUAUCAUCAACCUGGUCGACAUUGUGAACUUGGGCGCCUACGACUUCGAAACCCCUGAACGUAACCCCAAGGAGGCUGACUACGCCACCCCCCUCCACCCCCCACAGAACCGCAACCCUCUGCUCAACGCCGAAGCUGUUGUCAACUACUGGCUCCAGGCUGGUGCUCCUUCUCAAAAGCUUGUCCUCGGCAUCCCGACCUUCGCUCGCACAUGGAAACUGGACUCCGACAGCGAGAUCGCUGGAGUUCCUCCCCUACACGCUGACGGACCUGGUGAAGCUGGUCCUUACACUAAAACCGAGGGUAUCUUGAGCUACCCCGAGGUUUGCGCCAAGCUGAUCAACCCCAACCACCAGAAGGGAAUGCGUCCUCAUCUUAGGAAGGUCACUGACCCCAGCAAACGUUUCGACGGCCUAAUCAAGGAUCAAGAAUUAACUCUUAUUUAUGGUACCUACGCCUUCCGUCUGCCCGACGACAGCGGUGAGGGUGGUAUGUGGGUGUCUUACGAAGACCCAGACACUGCCGGACAGAGAGCAACCUAUGUCAAGGCCAAGAACCUCGGUGGAGUUUCCAUCGUGGACCUCUCAAUGGAUGACUUCCGCGGGCUUUGCACUGGCGACAAGUACCCUAUCCUCAGAGCUGCCAAAUACCGUCUUUAAGUUAUUCGCAUUGCUUAAGCGACAUUAGUAUAACAAUUCUGUAUGAGAAUGUAUCGCAAACUCAAAGCAUCCAAUAUGUAAUGUAAUCAAGACUUUUAUAUAAACUUUUCGGAAAUAUUCUUCAAAUUAAUUCCUGGUUAUAAUUAGUGUAAUAAGGAACAAUAAGUAAGAAUAUUUUACAUUAAAAAUGUCAUAAAAA